AUGUUAUGGGGGAGAUCCAGAUUGCCGCUAGAGGUCUAUGACUAUAUCAUUGACCUCUCGCGGGAAGAGUCGUCGGACGAACGCAAUUACACCACGCUUCGUUCCUGCGCUCUCACAUGCCGAGCCUGGCUAGCCAGGAGCCAGUACAACUUGUUCCACACGGUCGAAUUAAACACGAGAGAGCAGUUACACGCGUUUUCAAAGUUGAUCGACCAGUCCCCGCGCCUUGCGACGUUUGUUCAGGAGCUGAUCAUAAAACAUCCGGACGAUAACAAACCCUUCAGAUUAAUGACCAUCUUCCCUAUUGUUUUUGCUCGGAAGCUCCCAAGACUGAGGUCACUUACUCUCGAAUCGCCCUAUGCCACGCCGUCUGUGGCUCCCUUCCAUCGAAUCUACUUCAUAGCUAUCCACGAGUUUGCUUCCAUUACCGAUCUGCAGCUCUUUCACGUCGAAUUUCGGUCGUUCUCGGACUUCGCCCGUUUAGUCUCUAACUUUCCGAACCUCCUUGCUGUCGAAUGCUGGAACGUAUCUUGGCUAGGACACGGCUCAAACCCAUUUGCGCUGGGUGGCUAUAGGUCCCGCCUGCGAUUGAACGAUCUCACCGUCGACGACGUAGAGCUUAGUGGACUAGCUCAGUUAAUGCAUGCUGUUGGCUCGUCCCUUCAACAUCUCACUUUUGGAGCAGACAAUCAAUGGAUGGAAUCGUUUGUUUCAGAACAAGGCUCGAGUAUGGUGGAUUUGACGGGCCUUCGGUCGCUUCAAAUUCCUGUUCGUCUCGAUCGUACAGAUUUUGGCUGGAUAAAGGAGCUACUGUCUCGGUAUAUAUGCAGCCAACUAGUGCGCGCGUUGACGUUUUCGUUCCACUACGGGUAUAGUGCUACGCCGCUAGACGGUGCGAAAGAUGUACUACUCCGGAUACAGGGUGCAGGGAUGGAGGACAUCUUGGUCGGACCGCAAUUCUCUCAGCUCAAGGAAGUAGUCUUCCAGUUCUCAUCCUCGGGCGAUACCGAGCUCCCUGAGGGAGAUUGGGAGGAUGACUUGGUCUCUCAAUUACCCAAAUUGAGGCUGCGAGGGAUUGCGAAAGUAGAAUUGACUAGGUGA